GUGGCUCCCUGAUUGGAAAUCGGCAGACUGUGGAACCGCGACCGGACCUCCAGAGGGCACGAGAGCGAGACGGUUUCGUCGCGAACAGAUUCGACCCCCCCUUCGCUAUACCAACCAUGGUAUCUUGAUGCGUUGAGAGCACAAGUACUUCCGCACAUCCUAUCGGGCCGCUUGAUACUCGGUUACGACCCUCCAUUACAACUAUGGCGCCCUACGACAUGACCGAUAUAACCUCUGUUCUACUUGAACGCUCUCUCGAAAAACGAUACUUUGACGCUCCGCACAGUAUGGACCCGCUCACCCCCCUCUAUAGGGCGGGGCUAAUUCCACUCGCUAUUUGCGCCACAAUGAGCUUAAUAUCAGUCACGGCCUUACUGGGAUUCAUUACACAGCGGAUGAUUUCGUGGCGGAGACACUACAGGCAAUACGUCGGAUACAACCAAUAUGUUAUUCUCAUUUACAACCUCUUAAUCGCCGACCUACAACAGUCUAUCGCAUUCUCUAUAUCGUUCCACUGGCUCCGAAUCAACAAGAUCGUAGCACCGACCGGCGCAUGCUUCCUCCAAGCGUGGUUUUUACAGAUUGGAGAUGUCGCAAGUGGCUUCUUCGUUCUCGCAAUUGCGAUACAUACUUGGUUGGGCGUGGUCAAAGGAUACAAAAUGCCGUACAGGUGGUUUGUGGUAUCGAUCCUCUCGAUUUGGCUCUUCUCGUUGAUCCUUACGUUACUUGGACCAGCCAUGUACCAGGAGCGAUAUUUCGCUCGCGCUGCAGCAUGGUGCUGGGUUUCAAGAGAAUACCAAAAUGAAAGACUUUGGUUACAUUACCUCUGGAUCUUCAUCGUCGAGUUCGGCACGAUCAUCAUCUACGCGCAUGUCUUCUUCCACCUACGCGGCCGCAUUCGAAGCAUCAUCGCAAACGACACUAGCAAGCUCACACGCGCGACGAAAUUCAUGGUCAUGUACCCCUUUGUAUACGUCGUACUCACGUUGCCCAUAGCAGUGGGUCGCAUGGUAGCGAUGACCGGUACCGAACCACCAGACCUCUUCUUCAUUGUCGCUGGGUGUCUUCUCACAUCAUGCGGAUGGAUCGACGCGCUUCUAUACGCCCUGACAAGGCGGGUCUUGGUAUCCGGAGAUCUGAGUACAGGGAACUACAACAGAACUGUCACCGCAACGCUCACCAAUGCGGCACGCCCAGGCGACGACGACCAUUACGGCCUACAAUCCAUGAGUGGCAAAGAAGCCCUUACAUCGACUACUGCACGUACCGUCACCAUAGUAGGUGGCAGCAACCGACUAUCGCGAAUAGUCGAUCACCGCCGUGGGCGCAGUCAUACAUUGCGGUCACGGCAUGAAGAUACGCUACACGAAGAUGAAAGUCCUACCCGAACGGGAUCAGCAGACUCGAUCCUCAAGAACACGGUUUCAGGACAUGGCAUAAACAUUAUCACGGAGACAAGUGUGCAGGUGGAGACGGCCGAGGACAAGGCGUUUGAGGCAGGACGACCACGGUCGAAAGACUGGAGUGACGACUAUAGCCGAGGAUCAUGAUGAUUCAGGCAUGGAGCAUACCUCUCCUACACGAAUUCUGAUGAAGACAUCACUUCCAAAAUUAUUAUUGUAUACUACUACUGUUUUUCCCUCAGCAAAGCGUAGGCGUUGGAAUGGCGCUCAUUUCUUUCUCCUUUGUUCUUCAAGCACUGCCUGUUGUACCAAACUGUCUACCAAGAGGUAGCAUCGAGAUACCCGAAUC